AUGUCUGCGCACGAAUUGAAGCAAAUGGCGCCUCCUGUGCUGAGCGAGAUGGAGGGACAACCGAUCUACCGAGACAAGGACGAUGUGUAUUUGACUCGUAUGGGGAAGCGCCCUGUUUUGAAGAGAAACUUUGGGUUGAUGUCAAUGCUGGGAUUUAGCUGCACCCUGUUGGUCACAUGGGAGGGAUAUAUCAUCGGUGGCCCGGCUGGCUCUGUCUAUGGCUUUCUUUUCGUCUGGGCUGGUAUUGCCGCCACGUUUGUCGUAAUAUCUGAGCUUGUGUCGAUGGCUCCUACGUCCGGAGGACAGUACCAUUGGUGCUCGAUGUUGGCCCCUCCAUCGGCAAUGAAGUUGGCCAGUUAUAUGACAGGUUGGCUUACCGUGAUCGGAUGGCAAGCCACGUUCGCAUCCGCAAUGUACUUGAACGGGAACAUGAUCCAAGCCCUUAUUAUCCUUACCAGGUCAGAGUAUGUCCCUCACCCAUGGCGGAAAGCUCUAUAUGCAUGGGGACUCUCUGCCCUCUCUGCUCUCAUCAAUAUCGUUGGCGGCAAGUUUCUACCCCGGUUUGAGGGCACCAUUCUAAUCUUCCAUGUCCUGGGGUUUUUCGCCAUCCUGGUUCCCUUGACCUAUAUGGCGGAUCACAAGUCGUCGGCCGAAGAAGUAUUUACCUACUUCAUUAACAAAGGCAAUUGGCCUUCAGAUGCACUGUCAGUCUUUGUCGGACUGACUGGUCCUGUUUUCGCUUUCGCUGGCGGUGAUGCUGCAGUCCACAUGGUUGAAGAGAUGACCAAUGCAACAACCGCUGUUCCCCUCUCUCUAAUGUUAACAGUGCUAAUCAAUGGGUCCAUGGGGUUUGGAAUGAUGCUCGCCUUAUAUUUCUGUCUUGGUGAUAUCCAAGCUGCGCUUCAAUCCCCGACAGGUGUACCUUUCUUUGCCAUCUUCCUGCAGGCAACAGGUUCUGUAUCCGGCACGGCGAUUGCAGGUGCUCUGGUAACCUCCCUGGGCGGUUGUAACACAAUUGGCACCUUAACAGCCGCAUCGCGCCAAUUCUGGUCCUUCUCUCGUGACCGAGGCAUUCCUGGCUGGCGAAUGUGGAGCAAGGUAACUGAACGUACGUCCAUCCCAACAUAUGCAGUCCUUCUUACGGCAAUUGUUGGGUGCCUCCUGAAUCUCAUUACCAUCGGCUCAGACGUGGCAUUCAACAGCUUGGUGUCCAUGUCCAUUUCGGGUCUUUACCUAUCAUACAUGGCUGCUGGAGGACUGUUGCUCUACCGCUGCUGUACCGGCGGAAUUGGGGACGCGACCGAGGGCGAGCACACUAUGAUCAACACGGCAGGGGCUAGGCUAGUCUGGGGACCAUUUCGAGUUCCUGGCAUCUUGGGUAUAACCAUUAAUACCUUCUCCUUGGCCUACAUGACAAUCGCUACGUUUUUUGGCUUCUGGCCUACGACUAACGAUGUUAAUACAAAGACGAUGAACUAUAGCAUUGUUGGAACGAUAGGUGUUAUUAUACUUAGCCUUAUGUACUACUUUAUCCGAGCGAGGAAGGUGUACAGUGGCCCUCAGAUAGAGAUAUCGUAA